AUGGUGGCACUCUCCGACGUCGAAGCCUCGAACCGGCGUAUUAGCUCCGUGUUCCAAGAUGGGCUCGUGGCCGUCUUCGUGGGCGGAACGAGUGGUAUUGGCGAGUAUACACUGAAGCAGCUCGCAAAAGACACCCGAAAGCUACGAGCCUAUAUUGUUGGGCGUUCCCUGGAAGCUGCUGAGCGUAUCAUCAAGGAGUGCAAGCAGCUGAACUCGGCCGGCGAAUAUAUCUUCAUCCAGGCCGACGUGAGCUUGCUCAAGAACGUUGACGAUGUGUGUCGCCAAAUCAAGGCCAAGGAGAAGGCCAUCAACAUACUCUUCCAAAGUCAAGCAACAAUGGCGACUGGGCAAGUUACGUCCGAGGGCCUCCCUUUAAACAUCAGCAUCAUUCUCCAUGGUCGCCUUCGCUUCCUGCUGAACCUGCUCCCUCUGAUCCAGAAUGCCAACUCUCUCCGUCGAGUCGUCUCCGUCGCCGCAGCGACUCUCGAGGGGGCGAUCGACCUGGAGAAUAUACCCGGUGAGGGGUACACGCUUUUCCAGCUGCGCGACCAGACGGCCUCCAUCAUCACACUGACACUGCAAGAGGUUGCUCGCAGGGCUCCCGGCGUGGCCUUUGUGCAUGAUGUGCCUGGCGUCGUGAAGAGCGGGAUCAUGCGGGACGCCCCCAGCGGUUUCGGUCUAAAGGUCAUAAUGGGCGUGGCCCGUCUCCUGGGCCCUUUCAUCAAUACUUCCCCCGAGGAAGCUGGGAAGCGGCAUGUCUUCUUCGCUACGAGCGGCAUGUACGCCCCUCGUCAAGGGGUAUCUGGCUCUGGAGUGCCGCCUCCGGGAACAUUGGACGCUGCCCGGGGGGUAGAUGGCGAGAAAGGGAGCGGCGUGUACUCGAUUAACAACAAGGGGGAGAGCGCACCGGUCAGGGUCGAGCAACUGAUGGUAGAGUUUAAGGCAAAUGGGGUGGCUAGUGGAGUCUGGGAGUCCCUGACCUCUGACUUUAGGAAGGUUACUGGGACGGAAUCUAUUAACUGA